AUGUUAGUCAGCGAUAGUUCUGUUGAUGGAGGGGAAAGAAGGAGCUCUUUCAAUGAUGUUGACCUUGAAAACCUGAAGGAAACUCUAGAUGGUCGUCAUUUUUGUUUGUUCCCUCAACCUUGGAAAACGGGUAAACAGUUAGCUUUCCUGGUCUCUUGUUUCUUAUGUUUGGCAUUUGUUUACUUCAGAUUUAGCAACGAGCAGGAUUUGCCGAACGCAAAUAUGCCAUUUGGCAAAAGCCCUUUAGAGAAAAAGAGUGUUGGAACUUUCUUUGCAGCUGCAGGGACGGUCUUCUUUGGCGUUAUCGCUAAAGGGGCAUUCGUUGUCGCUAAGGCAGCUUGUAAUCCAGCGGCUCUUGCUGCAAUAGCAGCUUUUAAUGUUGCUGGUGCCUCAGGAUGUAUUGGAGCUUAUGCUGUUGGAGCUUUAUGUGCAGCAAUCUCAGCAGGAUUAGCUGUUGAAUCGGGUUCACAGGGUUGGCAGUGGUACAAAGGCUCUGGAGUCGCAAAAAGAGAAAUUGAAUGCGAAGUAUAUCACUAUAUUCCGCUCAUCAAUAAUACCAUUUUUGGAGGUUCAUUGCAUACAUCUGACAUAUUUCAGAGUAUCAAUUCCACAGAUCCGUUAGUCGUAGACUCUUUACAGCAUAUUGGUGUAAUUUAUGAUAAUAGUUCAAAUAACAUCGAUCUAGGUGCUGACUUUUUGAACAAAAGAUCACAGCUGACCCCUUUAAUGUACACCUGGACAGCAAACUACACCGGGUUUAUGACAACUACCUACGUGCAGCCAGAACACUUGACUUUGUCUGUACGUGAGUACGCUAACACUUCCAGUCAUAAUUUUACUUGGAUAAAACUUGCUGAGGUAGAAUGGCUAUCAUUCAACACGUAUGGAAUAAACGUUGACACAGCCCAUAUCGUUACUGAUCAUAUGCAAACAGAUGCUGACGAUGUUAUGUAUGGGCUUGGUGACCUAGUUACGGUACAAGUCCAGCCAUGUACACAACAAGACGAAUGUUAUGGGUACCAUAAUAAGUUUUGUCUCGCUGCUGGACAAUCAAGUACUAUGGGCGCAUCAUCCGAUAUUGUCGGAAAGGUUUAUUUUCAGCAGUCAAGUAAGCGUGUAUAUGCAUGCAAUAUUAUAGCUAAAUUCAAAGGCACUUUCAUCUAUUUAAACAUUGGAUGA